AUGGCUUCUACAAUAUCCCUCAAGGAGCUGUCCAAAGCCAUCAAGGACUUCAUCGUCGAGCCAACCGUGCCCCUUCCCGACGAUCUCACCGAAACAAUCGCUGGCUACCUGCGGAGGCGCGAGAAGUAUGACGAGGCUGCGUCUGAUCGGCUGCAGGAGGAGCUGUUGCUCAUCUUUGAUAAGAAUGUCCGGGGCAACACUGCCGCGGCUGGCGCUUGGCUGAGCAUCUUGCGCCGGCUAUUUACCGUGCUGCGGACUCCCGAGCGAAUACUGGUGUGGUUGGACGCCUGCAAGGGCAUUCUCGACAAGACGGGAUUCGACAAGAACGUUGUCGCCGAGGCCAUGGAGAUACUAAACGAGAUUGUCACCAUUUCUGACGACUACCACGAUGGCAUCGGCAAGGACUCGGCGACGAACCCCCUCAUCGAUCGAUUGUUUGAGAUAUGGAUGGACGAAUUUCACCCUGCCCGUUUCGAGGGCUACCAGCCGUCAGAGCACAGCGAAAAGAUGAUAAGUGAUGCGCUGGGGCAAUUUGGGAAGAAGCGACCAAAGGAAUUCUUCUCUUCGUUGGACGGCUACCUUGUCAAGAAAAAGUUUAGAAAAGCCAGUCUAAAUUUCUUCUGUUCAUUUAUCCAAUCACAACCGCCUCAUCUACAUCAAGUGGCUCAAACCCCCUUAUUUACCGACCUCUUAACAUGCCUUCAGCAAGAUACGUCAACUACGGUCAUUUCGGCUGCGCUGACCGCACUCAUCAUGCUACUGCCGCACAUGCCUAGCUCUCUGGUGCCACAUUUGCCUACUCUCUUUAACAUCUAUACCAGGCUGCUCUUUUGGGAAAAGGAGAGAGCGGGAACCAUGGAGUCGCCCUUUCACGAUUCCGAACAGGCAAGCCGGUGGGAGGUUUUUGCAUACGACCCGGAGACGGAAGACACCAACAUAUCACACCUGUCCAACUACUACACGAUUCUAUACGGUCUCUAUCCCAUUAAUUUCAUGGACUACAUUCGCAAGCCCCAAAGAUAUAUGCGCCAUGCCAACGUGUCCGGUGCGGACGAAAUCGAGGUACAGCCGACGGAGAUUCGACAUCAGUCAGAACAAUUCAGGAGAUGCCAUGUACUUCACCCCAACUUUUACACACUCACCAUCGAAACGGAAAAGACAGAUUUUGGGCGGUGGAUCAAGAGCGAAGCCGCCGAGGUCGUGGCCGAAUGCAUGGCGCUGUGUGUUGCACCAGAAUCCCAAAUGUUUGGAGACCACGAACUGUUACAUCUGCCAGACUCUUCGGGCCAGGUUCUCAACGACGAGUUGAGCCAAGUCAGGUCAGACCCUGGAUUGCUGAGCAGCUCAGUCACCAAGGUGAAUUCGUGGAGGAACACUCAUAUGUCGGCAACAGAGUCCGUCACCAGCGACCGUACACCCUCGACAUUGAUGCGGCGAGGCUCUCAAUCUAGUCACCAUUCGGCGAGAGACUCUGGGGAAGCUGCACGAAACAAGGAUAUAUUUGGCGUGGAUAGCCCUUCUGGCACACAACUCCUCCAGUCGGCCUCCCAUACUCAGCUUCAAGAUCUUAUUAGGUCGAACAAGGUAAUCAAGAGUAGUCUUCACCAAUCUUUGGCAAACGACAGCGUACCAUCUCUUGCUCUAAGUCAUCAGGAGUCUGUGGUGGAUAGGCCCUCGACAAUGAUGACGCUGCCACCGCAAACUCAUACGCCUGUAUCCGCUGGAGAAAGUAGCAAUGCGCAGAUUGCUCACCUGCAAAGACAACUCAUCUUGUUGCAAAAUGACCUCAGUUUUGAGAGAUAUCUUAAGCAGCAACACAUGGCCCAUAUUGGCGAGCUCAGGCGAAGGCAAAUGGCGGAGGCAGCCACCGAGGCGGAAAUGCAGAAUCUAAUCAUGAUGAAUCGAAACCUCAAGAGCCGCUACGAAGAGGCCAAAAUGGCUGAGAUGCAAGUUCGCAAGGAGUCGGAAAAGAGCAGGGCUAUGGCGAAGAAGUGGGAAGCAGACCUUGCAAAUAAGUUGAAAAAUCUGCGUGAAGAGUCAAAGAAGAUGCAGACGGAGAUUGAGUCGGUUCGGAAAGAGCUCGAGGAGAGCCUGCGGGAAUGUGAGAAGCUGCGCAAGCUUGCAGAAGUCGAACGACUGUCGCUUUCGGAACGGGACUAUCAGGCGAGAGAGGUUGAACGAAUGGCGUCUGUCAACGCAGCUGAGGAUGCGCAGAAUCAACUGGAAACGCUCAAGCUGCAGUUGACGGCUUCGGAGGCGGAGGUGCAGCGAACGAAGAAGCUUUUCCAAUCCCAGGUGGCAACGCUUCAGACACAGCUUUCAGAAGCCCGCGAGGAGCGCAACAGGCCCGCGGUGACGGUGAACAUUGCAGUUGAGAGCGCUUUGGCGGCGAGCCGGGCCAAGCAGGCAGAGAUGCAGAAGCAGUACAGCCUGCUGACGCGCAAAUAUACGAUGCUGCAGUCGUCUCUCCUCGACAUGCAACUGGAAGCAUCAACAACAACGGAAAAGUCUAGUAUUGCGGAAGGCGAGGAGGAUCACAUGUCGUCAUCUACGGGGCCAAUGCCGAUGAAAUCAAGGCCCCUUCAACUUCUCUCAACGACAGAAGCAGCUGAAGGAGCAGGGUACAACAUCACAGCGUCUCCCGCAUCAAACCCGGGGACUCCUACAUCAUCUGUGCUGCAGCCACUGCAACCGACUAGCUCUGCAGGUACAGGCGGGACGGACGGACAGUCGUCGUCGGCUAAUCUGUCGAUGAGCCCAGAAAGGAGUUAUUUUGGUAGUGGACUCCAGAGCAUGAUUCGUAGGGAUAGCAAAGACAAGGCCAAAGACGAGUCUGGCAAGCCCAAGAAGGAGAAGAAAACACUGGGCCUAAGGGGGAUACGGGGAUUUGUUGGUAGUAGUUGA